AUGGAUGAUGAGGAGUGUCGUGAUCGUUUAAUGCAUCCUGAUUUACCAGUAGAUCCUAACCAUAAAUCAAGAGCCCUUGACGGAGAAAAGGAAUCCGAUUAUUGGCUGAAUCAAGGCAAACAAUUUGUGGAGACUAAAAUUAAGACCCCCUUGAAUACAAAGAAGGCGAAAAAUGUGAUUAUGUUCUUGGGGGAUGGUAUGGGUCUGACCACCACGGCUGCAGCCCGCAAUUUAAUUGGAGGUGAGCAUGCUGAAUUGUCUUUUGAGAAAUUCCCACAUGUGGGUUUGGCCAAGACCUAUGCUGUGGAUAAAAUUGUACCCGAUUCGGCUAAUACCGCCACUGCUUAUUUGUGUGGUGUUAAGGCCAUGUAUGGCACCCUGGGUGUCAAUGGCAGGGUGGAACGUGAAGAUUGCCAAACAAUGUUGGAUAAAAGUACCCAUGUCACCUCCAUUGCUCAGUGGGCUAUUGAUGCUGGUAAAUCCGCAGGUGUGGUGACAACAACCCGAGUGACACAUGCCUCACCGGCUGGUGCCUAUGCUCACAUUGCCGAGCGGGAUUGGGAAAAUGAUUUCGAGGUGAAGCAGUCAUGUGGUCGAACCUCGAACAUUGAUGAUAUUGCCCUGCAACUGAUUCAUGGUGAGACGGGUAGUAAAUUCAAAAUUAUGAUGGGUGGUGGUAAGCACCACUUCGUGGACUCAUCGCUCUACAGCAAAGGAAAGCGAUCCGAUGGUCGUAAUCUAAUUGAGGAAUAUAAGGCCCAAAACCCACGCAAUGCCUAUGUGGAGACCAAGGAGGAAUUGGCCAAAUUAAAUUUGAAAGAAGUGGAUCGUAUCUUGGGUUUGUUCCAUGAUUCCCAUUUGGAAUUCCGUUUGGAUACAGAUGAAAAUGCCACUCAACCUACCUUGGAGGAAAUGACCCGGCGUACCAUUGAAUUUUUGAGUCAGGAUGAAAAUGGCUACUUUGUGUUCAUUGAGGGUGGACGCAUUGAUUCGGCACAUCAUGAUAAUACACCGCGGAAGGCUUUGGAUGAAACCAUUGAAUUUUCCAAGGCCAUACAAUUGGCCAGGGAAAUGACCAAUGAAGAGGAUACAUUGAUUGUGGUGACUGCUGAUCAUUCACAUGCUUUUACCUAUGGUGGUUAUCCGUACCGUGGUAGUGACAUUUUUGCCAGUUCCCCCACAAAACCGGACGAUAAAACUCCCAUGAUGGUGUUAGGCUAUUCCAAUGGGCCUGGUCAUACGAAAUUCUAUGAUUCGAAAAAUGGUGUUCGCCAUGACCCCACAACGUUGAUGACUGGCAAGGCCAAUGAUGAAUAUCCUGCCACAUUCCCUCGUGAUUCGGAAACACAUGGUGGUGAAGAUGUUGCCGUUUAUGCUUCUGGACCUUGGUCACAUCUAUUUACCGGUGUUUAUGAACAAAAUGCCAUUCCCCAUAUGAUGGCCUAUGCCCUGUGUGUGGGUAAUGGCCUGAAGGCAUGCGAUUAGAUUAGAAUUUAAUUAUAGACU